AGCUCCUUCAGCUGCAUUCUAUUUGCUCUUCUUGUGAACAGGUUCACAUAUACUGCCUAAAGAUGUCUACCAUCAUGGAAAACAUCAUUGCCAUCAUUGAUGUAUUCCAAAAAUAUUCAGAAACAGAUAAAGAAACUGAAACUCUGAGCAAAAAAGAGCUGAAGGAACUUCUGGAAACAGAGUUUCAGCAAAUUCUGAAAAAUCCAGAUGACCCUGACAUGGCAGAUGUCUUCAUGGAAAUGCUAGAUAUAGACCACAACGAAAAAAUAGAUUUCACAGAAUUUCUGCUGAUGGUAUUCAAGCUGGCUCAAGCAUAUUAUGACACCACAAAGAGUCAAAAUUACCGAAAAUCAAGUUCAAAAGGAAAAAGGCAUAGUCAUCUUGAUGAAAAUGAAACAGAGGAUGGAGAAGAAGAUGUGGAAAUUGAAAGAAAAAGAACAUCGAGGCAUUCAAGAACAGAUAGAAAGUCAAGAUCCAAAGGCGCAACAGGAAAAGGGAAAAAAAAACAUAGGACACGGUCUGGAGAGCGUGGAAGAAGUGACUCAAGCAAACGUACAGAAAGAGAACAUAGACAAAAACACCAUGAUACAAAGGUAAAGAACAAAAAGAGGUCUAACUCAUCUGAAGUCAGAGAGAUAAGAGAAAACACUAUCAGUAACGACAGUGAAAGACAAAAAUAUUCUCAAGAAUCAAACACACACAGUACAUUGGGUGCAAAUAAAAAACAAACCUAUGCACACAAGAACACAAGACAAAGCAUUAGACAUGACAGAAAUACAGACAGGGAGACUCAAAAAAACACACAGUAUAGGCCUGACAAUGCAAGAGAAGAAUCAAAAAGAAUACGACACACACAAGAAAAAGAGCAGUCAACGGAAAGCGCCGGGCACUCAGGCACGGGCUCCUCUCACAGGCAGGCUGAAUCUGCCCACGGGCAUGCAAGAACAGGCCCCAGGGCAGGGCAGGAAACCCACCACGAGCACUCAGCGGACAGCUCCCGGCGCCACGGCGCGGGGCAGGGGCAGUCCACCUCCCGGGGCGACAGACGCCGAGAACCCAGCCUCAGUCAGGCCAGCGACAACGAAGGGCACUCAGAAGACUCGGCCAGGCAAUCCCCAUCGGCCCACGGAAGGUCCGGGUCCACGCCGAGGACCCAGCAGGGAUCUACCCAGGGCCACGCACGAGACAGCUCCAGGGACACCGGGUCGCGUCAGGGACAGACUGCUAGACACACGCAGUCGGACACCGCUCACGGGCAGUCAGCCUCCAGCUCGAGGGGAGGACAGGGGAGCCGUCACCAGCAGGGGCCAGACAGCUCCAGGCACCCGCAAACCUCCUCUGAGGCCAGUGGCCGCGGACACAGCGAGGCCAGUGACAGCGAAGGCCAGUCGCAAGACUCAGAGGGUCAGUCCGACGUAGGCCACGGCCGGUCCGGGUCCCGACAGGGCCACCGCCAGGAAUCCACCCCUGGCCGGUCCGGGGAGAGGUCCAGGCACUCCGGGUCUCGCCUGUACCGGGUAGACACUCAAGAACGGUCCGAGUCCGCCAGCAGACAGGGCCAGUCCGGUGCCAGGGCAACACAGAGCUCCCGCCAGGAGCAAGCACGGGACAGUUCCAGACACGGGGCCUCCCAGGACAGGCAGACGUCCACCGGCAGACACGUCGACUCCUCCCGUGGAAGGACCGGAACCAGCUCCGGCCGAACACAGGGAUCCCGCCACGAGCAGGCCCGAGACAGCUCUGGGCACUCCGAGUCCGACGAGGGUGAGUUCACUGCUCAGGGGCACUCAGCAUCCGGCAGUAGACGGGGACGACAGGGAUCCCGCCAGGAGCAGGCACGGGACAGCACCGGGCACUCCGGGUCCCAUCGCCGCCAGCAGGCCUCCCAGGGACGGUCCGGGUCUUCCCGCGGCCAGUCAGGAUCCACCAGUGCAAGCAGACAAGCCCACGGCCACCAGCAGGCAGCGGACAGCACCAGGCACUCAGGCACGGGCUCCUCUCGCAGGCAGGCUGAAUCUGCCCACGGGCACGCAAGAACAGGCCCCAGGGCAGGGCAGGAAACCCACCGCGAGCACUCAGCGGACAGCUCCCGGCGCCACGGCGCGGGGCAGGGGCAGUCCACCUCCCGGGGCGACAGACGCCGAGAACCCAGCCUCAGUCAGGCCAGCGACAGCGAAGGGCACUCAGAAGACUCGGCCAGGCAAUCCCCAUCGGCCCACGGAAGGUCCGGGUCCACGCCGAGGACCCAGCAGGGAUCUACCCAGGGCCACGCACGAGACAGCUCCAGGGACACCGGGUCGCGUCAGGGACAGACUGCUAGACACACGCAGUCGGACACCGCUCACGGGCAGUCAGCCUCCAGCUCGAGGGGAGGACAGGGGAGCCGUCACCAGCAGGGGCCAGACAGCUCCAGGCACCCGCAAACCUCCUCUGAGGCCAGUGGCCGCGGACACAGCGAGGCCAGUGACAGCGAAGGCCAGUCGCAAGACUCACAGAGUCAGUCCGACGUAGGCCACGGCCGGUCCGGGUCCCGACAGGGCCACCGCCAGGAAUCCACCCCUGGCCGGUCCGGGGAGAGGUCCAGGCACUCCGGGUCUCGCCUGUACCGGGUAGACACUCAAGAACGGUCCGAGUCCGCCAGCAGACAGGGCCAGUCCGGUGCCAGGGCAACACAGAGCUCCCGCCAGGAGCAAGCACGGGACAGUUCCAGACACGGGGCCUCCCAGGACAGGCAGACGUCCACCGGCAGACACGUCGACUCCUCCCGUGGAAGGACCGGAACCAGCUCCGGCCGAACACAGGGAUCCCGCCACGAGCAGGCCCGAGACAGCUCUGGGCACUCCGAGUCCGACGAGGGUGAGUUCACUGCUCAGGGGCACUCAGCAUCCGGCAGUAGACGGGGACGACAGGGAUCCCGCCAGGAGCAGGCACGGGACAGCACCGGGCACUCCGGGUCCCAUCGCCGCCAGCAGGCCUCCCAGGGACGGUCCGGGUCUUCCCGCGGCCAGUCAGGAUCCACCAGUGCAAGCAGACAAGCCCACGGCCACCAGCAGGCAGCGGACAGCACCAGGCACUCAGGCACAGGCUCCUCUCGCAGGCAGGCUGAAUCUGCCCACGGGCACGCAAGAACAGGCCCCAGGGCAGGGCAGGAAACCCACCGCGAGCACUCAGCGGACAGCUCCCGGCGCCACGGCGCGGGGCAGGGGCAGUCCACCUCCCGGGGCGACAGACGCCGAGAACCCAGCCUCAGUCAGGCCAGCGACAGCGAAGGGCACUCAGAAGACUCGGCCAGGCAAUCCCCAUCGGCCCACGGAAGGUCCGGGUCCACGCCGAGGACCCAGCAGGGAUCUACCCAGGGCCACGCACGAGACAGCUCCAGGGACACCGGGUCGCGUCAGGGACAGACUGCUAGACACACGCAGUCGGACACCGCUCACGGGCAGUCAGCCUCCAGCUCGAGGGGAGGACAGGGGAGCCGUCACCAGCAGGGGCCAGACAGCUCCAGGCACCCGCAAACCUCCUCUGAGGCCAGUGGCCGCGGACACAGCGAGGCCAGUGACAGCGAAGGCCAGUCGCAAGACUCAGAGGGUCAGUCCGACGUAGGCCACGGCCGGUCCGGGUCCCGACAGGGCCACCGCCAGGAAUCCACCCCUGGCCGGUCCGGGGAGAGGUCCAGGCACUCCGGGUCUCGCCUGUACCGGGUAGACACUCAAGAACGGUCCGAGUCCGCCAGCAGACAGGGCCAGUCCGGUGCCAGGGCAACACAGAGCUCCCGCCAGGAGCAAGCACGGGACAGUUCCAGACACGGGGCCUCCCAGGACAGGCAGACGUCCACCGGCAGACACGUCGACUCCUCCCGUGGAAGGACCGGAACCAGCUCCGGCCGAACACAGGGAUCCCGCCACGAGCAGGCCCGAGACAGCUCUGGGCACUCCGAGUCCGACGAGGGUGAGUUCACUGCUCAGGGGCACUCAGCAUCCGGCAGUAGACGGGGACGACAGGGAUCCCGCCAGGAGCAGGCACGGGACAGCACCGGGCACUCCGGGUCCCAUCGCCGCCAGCAGGCCUCCCAGGGACGGUCCGGGUCUUCCCGCGGCCAGUCAGGAUCCACCAGUGCAAGCAGACAAGCCCACGGCCACCAGCAGGCAGCGGACAGCACCAGGCACUCAGGCACAGGCUCCUCUCGCAGGCAGGCUGAAUCUGCCCACGGGCACGCAAGAACAGGCCCCAGGGCAGGGCAGGAAACCCACCGCGAGCACUCAGCGGACAGCUCCCGGCGCCACGGCGCGGGGCAGGGGCAGUCCACCUCCCGGGGCGACAGACGCCGAGAACCCAGCCUCAGUCAGGCCAGCGACAGCGAAGGGCACUCAGAAGACUCGGCCAGGCAAUCCCCAUCGGCCCACGGAAGGUCCGGGUCCACGCCGAGGACCCAGCAGGGAUCUACCCAGGGCCACGCACGAGACAGCUCCAGGGACACCGGGUCGCGUCAGGGACAGACUGCUAGACACACGCAGUCGGACACCGCUCACGGGCAGUCAGCCUCCAGCUCGAGGGGAGGACAGGGGAGCCGUCACCAGCAGGGGCCAGACAGCUCCAGGCACCCGCAAACCUCCUCUGAGGCCAGUGGCCGCGGACACAGCGAGGCCAGUGACAGCGAAGGCCAGUCGCAAGACUCAGAGAGUCAGUCCGACGUAGGCCACGGCCGGUCCGGGUCCCGACAGGGCCACCGCCAGGAAUCCACCCCUGGCCGGUCCGGGGAGAGGUCCAGGCACUCCGGGUCUCGCCUGUACCGGGUAGACACUCAAGAACGGUCCGAGUCCGCCAGCAGACAGGGCCAGUCCGGUGCCAGGGCAACACAGAGCUCCCGCCAGGAGCAAGCACGGGACAGUUCCAGACACGGGGCCUCCCAGGACAGGCAGACGUCCACCGGCAGACACGUCGACUCCUCCCGUGGAAGGACCGGAACCAGCUCCGGCCGAACACAGGGAUCCCGCCACGAGCAGGCCCGAGACAGCUCUGGGCACUCCGAGUCCGACGAGGGUGAGUUCACUGCUCAGGGGCACUCAGCAUCCGGCAGUAGACGGGGACGACAGGGAUCCCGCCAGGAGCAGGCACGGGACAGCACCGGGCACUCCGGGUCCCAUCGCCGCCAGCAGGCCUCCCAGGGACGGUCCGGGUCUUCCCGCGGCCAGUCAGGAUCCACCAGUGCAAGCAGACAAGCCCACGGCCACCAGCAGGCAGCGGACAGCACCAGGCACUCAGGCACAGGCUCCUCUCGCAGGCAGGCUGAAUCUGCCCACGGGCACGCAAGAACAGGCCCCAGGGCAGGGCAGGAAACCCACCGCGAGCACUCAGCGGACAGCUCCCGGCGCCACGGCGCGGGGCAGGGGCAGUCCACCUCCCGGGGCGACAGACGCCGAGAACCCAGCCUCAGUCAGGCCAGCGACAGCGAAGGGCACUCAGAAGACUCGGCCAGGCAAUCCCCAUCGGCCCACGGAAGGUCCGGGUCCACGCCGAGGACCCAGCAGGGAUCUACCCAGGGCCACGCACGAGACAGCUCCAGGGACACCGGGUCGCGUCAGGGACAGACUGCUAGACACACGCAGUCGGACACCGCUCACGGGCAGUCAGCCUCCAGCUCGAGGGGAGGACAGGGGAGCCGUCACCAGCAGGGGCCAGACAGCUCCAGGCACCCGCAAACCUCCUCUGAGGCCAGUGGCCGCGGACACAGCGAGGCCAGUGACAGCGAAGGCCAGUCGCAAGACUCAGAGAGUCAGUCCGACGUAGGCCACGGCCGGUCCGGGUCCCGACAGGGCCACCGCCAGGAAUCCACCCCUGGCCGGUCCGGGGAGAGGUCCAGGCACUCCGGGUCUCGCCUGUACCGGGUAGACACUCAAGAACGGUCCGAGUCCGCCAGCAGACAGGGCCAGUCCGGUGCCAGGGCAACACAGAGCUCCCGCCAGGAGCAAGCACGGGACAGUUCCAGACACGGGGCCUCCCAGGACAGGCAGACGUCCACCGGCAGACACGUCGACUCCUCCCGUGGAAGGACCGGAACCAGCUCCGGCCGAACACAGGGAUCCCGCCACGAGCAGGCCCGAGACAGCUCUGGGCACUCCGAGUCCGACGAGGGUGAGUUCACUGCUCAGGGGCACUCAGCAUCCGGCAGUAGACGGGGACGACAGGGAUCCCGCCAGGAGCAGGCACGGGACAGCACCGGGCACUCCGGGUCCCAUCGCCGCCAGCAGGCCUCCCAGGGACGGUCCGGGUCUUCCCGCGGCCAGUCAGGAUCCACCAGUGCAAGCAGACAAGCCCACGGCCACCAGCAGGCAGCGGACAGCACCAGGCACUCAGGCACAGGCUCCUCUCGCAGGCAGGCUGAAUCUGCCCACGGGCACGCAAGAACAGGCCCCAGGGCAGGGCAGGAAACCCACCGCGAGCACUCAGCGGACAGCUCCCGGCGCCACGGCGCGGGGCAGGGGCAGUCCACCUCCCGGGGCGACAGACGCCGAGAACCCAGCCUCAGUCAGGCCAGCGACAGCGAAGGGCACUCAGAAGACUCGGCCAGGCAAUCCCCAUCGGCCCACGGAAGGUCCGGGUCCACGCCGAGGACCCAGCAGGGAUCUACCCAGGGCCACGCACGAGACAGCUCCAGGGACACCGGGUCGCGUCAGGGACAGACUGCUAGACACACGCAGUCGGACACCGCUCACGGGCAGUCAGCCUCCAGCUCGAGGGGAGGACAGGGGAGCCGUCACCAGCAGGGGCCAGACAGCUCCAGGCACCCGCAAACCUCCUCUGAGGCCAGUGGCCGCGGACACAGCGAGGCCAGUGACAGCGAAGGCCAGUCGCAAGACUCAGAGAGUCAGUCCGACGUAGGCCACGGCCGGUCCGGGUCCCGACAGGGCCACCGCCAGGAAUCCACCCCUGGCCGGUCCGGGGAGAGGUCCAGGCACUCCGGGUCUCGCCUGUACCGGGUAGACACUCAAGAACGGGCCGAGUCCGCCAGCAGACAGGGCCAGUCCGGUGCCAGGGCAACACAGAGCUCCCGCCAGGAGCAAGCACGGGACAGUUCCAGACACGGGGCCUCCCAGGACAGGCAGACGUCCACCGGCAGACACGUCGACUCCUCCCGUGGAAGGACCGGAACCAGCUCCGGCCGAACACAGGGAUCCCGCCACGAGCAGGCCCGAGACAGCUCUGGGCACUCCGAGUCCGACGAGGGUGAGUUCACUGCUCAGGGGCACUCAGCAUCCGGCAGUAGACGGGGACGACAGGGAUCCCGCCAGGAGCAGGCACGGGACAGCACCGGGCACUCCGGGUCCCAUCGCCGCCAGCAGGCCUCCCAGGGACGGUCCGGGUCUUCCCGCGGCCAGUCAGGAUCCACCAGUGCAAGCAGACAAGCCCACGGCCACCAGCAGGCAGCGGACAGCACCAGGCACUCAGGCACAGGCUCCUCUCGCAGGCAGGCUGAAUCUGCCCACGGGCACGCAAGAACAGGCCCCAGGGCAGGGCAGGAAACCCACCGCGAGCACUCAGCGGACAGCUCCCGGCGCCACGGCGCGGGGCAGGGGCAGUCCACCUCCCGGGGCGACAGACGCCGAGAACCCAGCCUCAGUCAGGCCAGCGACAGCGAAGGGCACUCAGAAGACUCGGCCAGGCAAUCCCCAUCGGCCCACGGAAGGUCCGGGUCCACGCCGAGGACCCAGCAGGGAUCUACCCAGGGCCACGCACGAGACAGCUCCAGGGACACCGGGUCGCGUCAGGGACAGACUGCUAGACACACGCAGUCGGACACCGCUCACGGGCAGUCAGCCUCCAGCUCGAGGGGAGGACAGGGGAGCCGUCACCAGCAGGGGCCAGACAGCUCCAGGCACCCGCAAACCUCCUCUGAGGCCAGUGGCCGCGGACACAGCGAGGCCAGUGACAGCGAAGGCCAGUCGCAAGACUCAGAGAGUCAGUCCGACGUAGGCCACGGCCGGUCCGGGUCCCGACAGGGCCACCGCCAGGAAUCCACCCCUGGCCGGUCCGGGGAGAGGUCCAGGCACUCCGGGUCUCGCCUGUACCGGGUAGACACUCAAGAACGGGCCGAGUCCGCCAGCAGACAGGGCCAGUCCGGUGCCAGGGCAACACAGAGCUCCCGCCAGGAGCAAGCACGGGACAGUUCCAGACACGGGGCCUCCCAGGACAGGCAGACGUCCACCGGCAGACACGUCGACUCCUCCCGUGGAAGGACCGGAACCAGCUCCGGCCGAACACAGGGAUCCCGCCACGAGCAGGCCCGAGACAGCUCUGGGCACUCCGAGUCCGACGAGGGUGAGUUCACUGCUCAGGGGCACUCAGCAUCCGGCAGUAGACGGGGACGACAGGGAUCCCGCCAGGAGCAGGCACGGGACAGCACCGGGCACUCCGGGUCCCAUCGCCGCCAGCAGGCCUCCCAGGGACGGUCCGGGUCUUCCCGCGGCCAGUCAGGAUCCACCAGUGCAAGCAGACAAGCCCACGGCCACCAGCAGGCAGCGGACAGCACCAGGCACUCAGGCACAGGCUCCUCUCGCAGGCAGGCUGAAUCUGCCCACGGGCACGCAAGAACAGGCCCCAGGGCAGGGCAGGAAACCCACCGCGAGCACUCAGCGGACAGCUCCCGGCGCCACGGCGCGGGGCAGGGGCAGUCCACCUCCCGGGGCGACAGACGCCGAGAACCCAGCCUCAGUCAGGCCAGCGACAGCGAAGGGCACUCAGAAGACUCGGCCAGGCAAUCCCCAUCGGCCCACGGAAGGUCCGGGUCCACGCCGAGGACCCAGCAGGGAUCUACCCAGGGCCACGCACGAGACAGCUCCAGGGACACCGGGUCGCGUCAGGGACAGACUGCUAGACACACGCAGUCGGACACCGCUCACGGGCAGUCAGCCUCCAGCUCGAGGGGAGGACAGGGGAGCCGUCACCAGCAGGGGCCAGACAGCUCCAGGCACCCGCAAACCUCCUCUGAGGCCAGUGGCCGCGGACACAGCGAGGCCAGUGACAGCGAAGGCCAGUCGCAAGACUCAGAGAGUCAGUCCGACGUAGGCCACGGCCGGUCCGGGUCCCGACAGGGCCACCGCCAGGAAUCCACCCCUGGCCGGUCCGGGGAGAGGUCCAGGCACUCCGGGUCUCGCCUGUACCGGGUAGACACUCAAGAACGGGCCGAGUCCGCCAGCAGACAGGGCCAGUCCGGUGCCAGGGCAACACAGAGCUCCCGCCAGGAGCAAGCACGGGACAGUUCCAGACACGGGGCCUCCCAGGACAGGCAGACGUCCACCGGCAGACACGUCGACUCCUCCCGUGGAAGGACCGGAACCAGCUCCGGCCGAACACAGGGAUCCCGCCACGAGCAGGCCCGAGACAGCUCUGGGCACUCCGAGUCCGACGAGGGUGAGUUCACUGCUCAGGGGCACUCAGCAUCCGGCAGUAGACGGGGACGACAGGGAUCCCGCCAGGAGCAGGCACGGGACAGCACCGGGCACUCCGGGUCCCAUCGCCGCCAGCAGGCCUCCCAGGGACGGUCCGGGUCUUCCCGCGGCCAGUCAGGAUCCACCAGUGCAAGCAGACAAGCCCACGGCCACCAGCAGGCAGCGGACAGCACCAGGCACUCAGGCACAGGCUCCUCUCGCAGGCAGGCUGAAUCUGCCCACGGGCACGCAAGAACAGGCCCCAGGGCAGGGCAGGAAACCCACCGCGAGCACUCAGCGGACAGCUCCCGGCGCCACGGCGCGGGGCAGGGGCAGUCCACCUCCCGGGGCGACAGACGCCGAGAACCCAGCCUCAGUCAGGCCAGCGACAGCGAAGGGCACUCAGAAGACUCGGCCAGGCAAUCCCCAUCGGCCCACGGAAGGUCCGGGUCCACGCCGAGGACCCAGCAGGGAUCUACCCAGGGCCACGCACGAGACAGCUCCAGGGACACCGGGUCGCGUCAGGGACAGACUGCUAGACACACGCAGUCGGACACCGCUCACGGGCAGUCAGCCUCCAGCUCGAGGGGAGGACAGGGGAGCCGUCACCAGCAGGGGCCAGACAGCUCCAGGCACCCGCAAACCUCCUCUGAGGCCAGUGGCCGCGGACACAGCGAGGCCAGUGACAGCGAAGGCCAGUCGCAAGACUCAGAGAGUCAGUCCGACGUAGGCCACGGCCGGUCCGGGUCCCGACAGGGCCACCGCCAGGAAUCCACCCCUGGCCGGUCCGGGGAGAGGUCCAGGCACUCCGGGUCUCGCCUGUACCGGGUAGACACUCAAGAACAGUCCGAGUCCGCCAGCAGACAGGGCCAGUCCGGUGCCAGGGCAACACAGAGCUCCCGCCAGGAGCAAGCACGGGACAGUUCCAGACACGGGGCCUCCCAGGACAGGCAGACGUCCACCGGCAGACACGUCGACUCCUCCCGUGGAAGGACCGGAACCAGCUCCGGCCGAACACAGGGAUCCCGCCACGAGCAGGCCCGAGACAGCUCUGGGCACUCCGAGUCCGACGAGGGUGAGUUCACUGCUCAGGGGCACUCAGCAUCUGGCAGUAGACGGGGACGACAGGGAUCCCGCCAGGAGCAGGCACGGGACAGCACCGGGCACUCCGGGUCCCAUCACCGCCAGCAGGCCUCCCAGGGACGGUCCGGGUCUUCCCGCGGCCAGUCAGGAUCCACCAGUGCAAGCAGACAAGCCCACGGCCACCAGCAGGCAGCGGACAGCACCAGGCACUCAGGCACAGGCUCCUCUCGCAGGCAGGCUGAAUCUGCCCACGGGCACGCAAGAACAGGCCCCAGGGCAGGGCAGGAAACCCACCGCGAGCACUCAGCGGACAGCUCCCGGCGCCAAGGCGCGGGGCAGGGGCAGUCCACCUCCCGGGGCGACAGACGCCGAGAACCCAGCCUCAGUCAGGCCAGCGACAGCGAAGGGCAGUCAGAAGACUCGGCCAGGCAAUCCCCAUCCGCCCAUGGAAGGUAUGUUUCAUCACAUGAGUCUGUACCCAUCCAUUCCACUGAUAGCCCCAGAGAGUCUCUUUAUUAUCAAGGAGUGAUGAAGGAUGAGCAGUUGUCUGAUUGUUCUCCUGAAAUAUCAGAAUAUGAUACAGGAAAUCAAGGUGAUCAUUUUCCCAUUCAUCCUGAAUCAGAUCAUAGUUCAGGAGUUGAAUCUUGUGGUGAUCAUCACAGUUCUGAAGUUAAUUAUUUUCCCUCAUUCAUCAGUGAAAGUUGUCACUAUGGAUCAGGUAUAGGUUGGAGGCAUGGCAGUUAUGGUAGUGGUGCAUAUGAAUAUGGUCAGUCAGGAUUUGGCAAAUCUCAAGCUAGAUUCAUUAGUGAAAAAUGCAGUCCUGUGGAAUUAACAAAGAGGUAUGAAAAUAGAAAAUCACCUGGAUAUGGAAUACAAUAUAUGAGAUCCAGUAUAUUAGGCAGUAAUAGAGAGCCAGAAAUGCAUAACUGUUCAAGUGAUAUAUCAAGACAGCUGGGGUUCAUUCAGUCCCCAGGAUACUAUUAUUAUGAAUGAGAAAUCAGUAAGCAAUCACUUUAAAUAGAAUUAAACCAAGUAGUAGGAGCAAGAACCUAUUAACACUUUGUUCUAGGAAGUUUACCUAUUACUUUCGUAGAUGUUUCUUAUCUAUUUGAAAUAUGCUAUACUCUUUCAUUACUUUGGUGAUAGUUUCUUUUUAUUCUCUAGACCUUUUAAACCUUAUAUUUAGAAAAUAUUAAGGAAAUUAAUAUCAUUCAAAUCUAAAUUUGCAAAACUAUUAAGAAUGUGUAGUUGAAAUAAGGAUUCUUUUUUUCAAAACUUUAAAUGUUAGAUCCUCUCUCAAUUAAUAUAUGAAUUUUUCUGAAAAGUAUCUAAGGAAGUAAAUAUGCUAAAUCAUUCUUUUGGAGGCUAGAGCUACUAUAUCACACCAUGGCUCAGCACAUCUUCCCAUAUUAUUCUUCUACUGGAAGUCUGUUUUCUUAGCAUUCAAAAAAAUCACAUUGGAUUAAAAAUUGUGCAAGGUAUAAAACUCAAUAAAAGU